AAAAAUUGUGAAAUUCAGACAAAAAUGGUUCGAGUUUCGUGUUUCAAAAAAAAAAGAAAAAGUGACGUCCAGAGUGGUGUAGUCCGAUUUUCGGACUUCGAAUUUAAUUGUUCUUAAUUGCCGAACUUGUUAUUCGAAGUUGUUUUAAUGUUUUUAAUUUGUAAGUAUUAUGAAUUGUUUUGAUACAGGUAUGGCAAAUGACCGAGUGCAUCCCGGGCCACUACAGGAGGGUGCGUUACCAUUCCAAACCCGUCAUCGUAGUAGAGCAAUUUGGACGGAUCCAACGUAUGACGUCCAACUUAAAGCCGUUAAAUACGAUACGUUGACUAGGUGUGCAGCCGUGAAUGAUGAUAGAGUCAAAAUGUGGCUGCGAAUCGCUGGUUUGUAUGGUGUUUCUCAGUUGCCCAAAAUUCAGUUGGAUCAUGGGCUUAUUACUGCCCUUUUAGAGCGAUGGAAGCCGGAGGUCCACACCUUCCACAUGCCCUUCGGUGAGGUUGGAAUAACUCUUCAAGAUGUUGAAGUGUUAUUCGGCCUUAAGGUCGAUGAACUUUUAGUGACAGGGCGUUGUGUAUAGUUUUCGAAGCCGACA